GGGGAUGGGCUAAAUGUGUGAUGGGCAUUAAGGAGGGCACUUAUUGGGAUGAGCAUUGGGUGUUCUAUGUAAGUGAUGAAUCCCUGGGUUCUACUCCUGAAAUCAUUAUUACACUAUAAGUUAACUAACUUGGAUUUAAAUAAAAUUUAAAAAUUAAAAAAUAAUAAAGCCAGAAAGUUUUCAAAGAAAGAAAAGGAAAGAAAAGAAAAGGAAAUUAAUAUAUCCAGACCAGCAUCUCUGAGAAGGAAGCACAAGCCUCAUAAGAUUGCAAAGAAGGCACUGAAGAUGUUGCUAAGCGCAAACCUCGGUGGAAUUUUAACUGUGCUAGUAUUUCUUUGAGAAUCAUUAUUGGUCUCGUAGCACUCUGAUUAUGAAGUUGCCAGUGUUUUGAGCAAUCUAACCCUAGUUUUGUUUUUUUUUCUUCUUCUUCCCCAUAAAUUCUUGUUAUGUUUAGUGAACUGUUUUGUAGAACUCCAGGGUUUUUCAGGAACGCAUAUAUCACUCAUGGCAGAACUGCCUAUAACUCAGAAUAAGGGGGGACUCUGUCUUCAAACAAACAUUCUUGAUAGUUCCUAUGCUUCCCUGAUGGGUAGACAAGAGACCAGGUACCCACUUCUAAGAGUGGAACAACUUCCCAGGAGCAGGGGCGGGGUCUGGAACUUGGGAAGCAGAGCACCUCAUGGUUCCUCUUUUAUCUCCUCGCUCCAGACUUCCGGGCCACUCGGGAGAAACCACGUGAAAAGGCCCAGAAUUUUGCCGUUUACAAGCUUACAGAUCUUGAGCAAGUCACUGAACCUCUGCAGGACUCAAUAUCCUCAUUCUUUAAAUGGGAAGGCAGUGUUUUGUUUGUUUUUAAAUCAUGUUUGUUUUUAAUUUUAAAACCUACCUUUGAGGCUUGCUUUUGCCAUUUACAGUUCUGUGACCUUGGACAAGUGACUUUGCUUUUCAGUGCAUCAUCUGUAAAAUGGGGGCUUUGCGAGAAUUUGAUGAUACCAUGCAAAGCGCUUAGCACAAGAUGCGCAUUAAGCCCCAAUAGACUGAAGUUCUUAUUACGAGAGGCGGGGAGUUCUGACUGCUGAGGUGGAAGAAACCAGAGCUGGUGGGGAAAGACAUGGCUGUGAUUUCCCAACGGACAGUGAAAACGUCCUGCCAGCCCCAUCUUCCCUGCUGAGGCCUCGCCAUCAGCCGAAUCCCCUAGGUGGCAGGAGCCACCAACCUUUCUCCAACGUUUGAGGCCGCCUCCCGCGGCGCCUGUCCCGGAACGGACUACAUUUCCCGGCGUGCACCUCGGGUCGGGGCCCGAGGGGACGGGCAGCCAAGGGGACCGUGCUCCAGCCGCGUUAGAGGCUGGAGCCAGUAACCACCACUCACGCAGCUCCUCUAUUUCGCUUUUCGAAGCCGGUCCGCCACCGUCAACCCCGUCUUGAGCCGCGGACCCGCAGGGUCUGUGAGGAGCGCUUGGCCCCCGCCUCCUUCCCUCCUCCCGGCAUCUGGCCCACCGGGUCCCAGGGAGGGUCCGAGGCCAAGCUUAUCUCCUCGGGAGGAUUCCUUCGGCCUCGUGGGGUCCCCACUGCGGCCCGAGGCUGGCAGCGGGGCUCUGGGAGCUAGGAGAACAGCCUCGAGGCCGCGCAGCCGGAGACUACAACUCCCAGGCGGCACCGCGGCGGCGGCGGCGGCGGCGGCGAGCACGUCACUCAGGCACCGCCGGCGGCCCCGGGAAGCGGCGCGGGCGGGGGCAGGGCUGGGGCCGACCGGGAGGCAGGUGCUGAGGAUGGGGGCAGCCCGGCCGCCCCGCGCGUGAGAAGGCCGAGGGGCGCGCCACCCCAUCCCGGGGCGGGCGCCCCCGGGGCCCCGCCACCCCCACCCCGCCCGGCGGUCGUGGCCCGGGAUGCGGAGCCGGGGGCCGCCGGUGGAGCUGCGCGGGGUGAGAGGCGUGGGGAAGGGGGCUGCCUGCUUCCCUCACCCUCGUCCCCCACCGGCGGGCCCCGGCAGGAAUUGGGGAGCCGCGCGGCCAGGCCCUCUUAGCGCCCUGACAUUUGGGGGAGACAGGUGAACCCGCCACCCUAUCCGCACCCCGCCCCGCCUGGGCAGCUGAAUCAGAGGGGACGACCCUGCCCUUUUAAGGAGGCUUUUUCUUGCUCCUGCGGAGGGCCCCCGCCCCCAGCCAUGGCCUCCAGGAGCCCCCUAGAACCCGCAGGGACUGCCCCCCAUCCUGGCCGCCGGGGCCCGCCCUCUGCAUCCCGCGGGCAGCCUGUGUGAAGCGGCCUCCCGCAGCCCCCGGCCCCUCCCCCAUGGAGGAGGAGGAGGGGGGGACGGCCAAGGAGUGGGGCACGACCCCCACGGGGCCCGUCUGGACCGCGGUGUUCGACUACGAGGCGGCGGGCGAUGAGGAACUGACCCUGCGGAGGGGCGACCGCGUCCAGGUGCUUUCCCAGGACUGUGCGGUGUCGGGCGACGAGGGCUGGUGGACCGGGCAGCUACCCAGCGGCCGUGUGGGCGUUUUCCCCAGCAACUACGUAGCCCCUGGCGCACCCGCCGCGCCCGCGGGCCUCCAGCUGCCCCAGGAGAUCCCCUUCCACGAGCUGCAGCUAGAAGAGAUCAUCGGUGUAGGGGGCUUUGGCAAGGUCUACCGGGCCCUAUGGCGCGGCGAGGAGGUGGCUGUCAAGGCCGCCCGGCUGGACCCUGAGCGGGACCCGGCAGUGACAGCAGAGCAGGUGCGCCAGGAGGCCAGGCUCUUCGGAGCCCUGAAGCACCCCAACAUCAUUGCCCUCAGAGGCGCCUGCCUCAGCCCCCCACACCUCUGCCUGGUGAUGGAGUAUGCCAGGGGGGGCGCACUGAGCAGGGUGCUGGCGGGCCGCCGGGUGCCCCCUCAUGUGCUGGUCAACUGGGCUGUGCAGGUGGCCCGGGGCAUGAACUACCUACACAAUGAUGCCCCUGUGCCCAUCAUCCACCGGGACCUCAAGUCCAUCAACAUUCUUAUUCUGGAGGCCAUCGAGAACCACAACCUCGCAGACACGGUGCUCAAGAUCACGGACUUCGGCCUCGCCCGCGAGUGGCACAAGACCACCAAGAUGAGCGCUGCAGGGACUUAUGCCUGGAUGGCUCCGGAGGUUAUCCGUCUCUCCCUCUUCUCCAAAAGCAGUGAUGUCUGGAGCUUCGGGGUGCUGCUCUGGGAGCUGCUGACGGGUGAGGUCCCCUACCGUGAAAUCGACGCCUUGGCCGUGGCAUAUGGCGUGGCUAUGAACAAGCUGACGCUGCCCAUCCCCUCCACGUGCCCCGAGCCCUUUGCCCGCCUACUGGAGGAAUGCUGGGACCCAGACCCCCAUGGGCGGCCAGAUUUCGGCAGUAUCUUAAAGCAGCUUGAAGUCAUCGAGCAGUCAGCCCUAUUCCAGAUGCCACUGGAGUCCUUCCACUCGCUGCAGGAAGACUGGAAGCUGGAAAUUCAGCACAUGUUUGAUGACCUCCGGACCAAAGAGAAGGAACUCCGGAGCCGUGAGGAGGAGCUGCUGCGGGCGGCCCAGGAGCAGCGCUUCCAGGAGGAGCAGCUGCGGCGGCGGGAGCAGGAGCUGGCCGAGCGCGAGAUGGACAUCGUGGAGCGUGAGCUGCACCUGCUCAUGUGCCAGCUGAGCCAGGAGAAGCCCAGGGUCCGCAAACGCAAGGGCAACUUCAAGCGCAGCCGCCUGCUCAAGCUGCGGGAAGGCGGCAGCCACAUCAGCCUGCCCUCCGGCUUCGAGCAUAAGAUCACAGUCCAAGCCUCUCCAACCCUGGACAAGCGGAAAGGAUCCGAUGGGGCCAGCCCCCCUGCAAGCCCCAGCAUCAUCCCCCGGCUGAGGGCCAUUCGCCUGACUCCCGUGGAUGGCGGUGGCAGCAGCGGUGGUGGCAGCGGUGGUGGCAGUGGGACAUGGGGCCGCAGCGGGCCCCCAAAGAAGGAAGAGCUGGUUGGAGGCAAGAAGAAGGGCCGGACCUGGGGCCCCAGCUCCACCCUGCAGAAGGAGCGGGCUGGAGGGGAGGAGAGGCUGAAGGCCCUGGGGGAAGGAAGCAAACAGUGGUCAUCCAGUGCCCCCAACCUGGGCAAAUCCCCCAAACACACACCGAUCGCCCCAGGCUUCGCCAGCCUCAAUGAGAUGGAGGAGUUCGCGGAGGCGGACGGAGGCAGCAGCGUGCCUCCCUCCCCCUACACCACCCCGUCCUACCUCACGGUGCCGCUGCCGGCCGAGCCCUCCCCGGGGGCGCCCGCGCCCCUCUCCCGGCCCGGGCACGGCGGCCGGCGGCGCUGCGAGCUGGCUCUGCUGGGCUGCGCCACGCUGCUGGGCGCCGUGGGCCUGGGCGCCGACGUGGCCGAGGCGCGCGCGGCCGACGGCGAGGAGCAGAGGCGCUGGCUCGACGGCCUCUUCUUCCCGCGCGCCGGCCGCUUCCCGCGGGGCCUCAGCCCACCCGGGCGCUCGCCCGGUCGCCGCGACGACGCGGCCCCCGGCCCGGGCCUGGCGCCCUCGGCCACCCUGGUGUCGCUGUCGUCCGUGUCCGACUGCAACUCCACGCGUUCGCUGCUGCGCUCCGACAGCGACGAGGCCGCGCCGGCCGCGCCCUCCCCGCCGCCCUCCCCGCCCAGCACCAACCCCCUGGUGGACCUGGAGCUGGAGAGCUUCAAGAAAGACCCCCGCCAGUCUCUCACGCCCACCCACGUCACGGCCGCGCGCGCAGUGAGCCGCGGGCACCGGCGGACGCCGUCUGAUGGGGCGCUGGGGCAGCGGGGGGCGCCUGAGCCCGCGGCUCCCCGCCCUGGCCCUCGAGAUCCCCUGGACUUCCCCCGCCUGCCCGACCCCCAGACCUUGUUCCCGACCCACCGCCGGCCCCCCGAGUUCCCUGGCCGCCCUACCACCCUGACCUUCGCCCCAAGACCCCGGCCGGCUGCCAGCCGGCCCCGCCUGGACCCCUGGAAACUGGUCUCCUUUGGCUGGACACUCAGCAUCUCGCCUCCCAGCAGGCCGGACACCCCAGAGAGCCCUGGACCCCCCGGCAUGCAGCCCACGCUGCUUGACAUGGACAUGGAGGGGCAGAGCCAGGACAGCACAGUGCCCCUGUGCGGGGCCCACGGCUCCCGCUGAGGCCUGCCCCCCACCGCCCGCCUGGGCAGCCAUGAAUGUAGCGCCCCAGGCCCCGCCCCAGCCUACCACGCCACAAGGCAGGGGAGGCCCUGGGCAGGAUACUCUAUUUAUUGGGGAAGGGGGGAGGGGGUCACUUAAUUUAUUCCUUUGUACCCCAGAGGGUGGGGCCCUGUGCCCACCCUGCAGUGAGGGGGGAGGGUGGGCAGGGAUACUCAGGGACAGGGCACAUCAUAGGGAUUCGGCACAAAAUGCAGCAUUAAAGGUAACCCCUGCCCCCUA